AUGUCUUGGUUCAGCAGCAAGCCCGAGCCCGCGGCCUCCAGCCCGCCCACCGCGAACACCCCCAGCACAGGCCCUGGCGCCGAACAAGAGCGUUACGCCUCGCACUUCAGCAUCGGAAAGGAAGGCCUCGAACAGGUCAAAGACGCCGCCUCCAAGGCAGCGAACUACAAGGGCGAAGGCGCCGAACAAGACAGAUACGCUGCGCACUUCAGCCCGAACCAUCACGCGGUGGCCGAGGCAGCAGCCGGCUUGUUGAAAGCGAAGGCCUCGGGCAAGGAGCCAAGCUGGCCAAUCUCCUACGGUCUCGGAUUCGACGGCUGGGAGCGCGCGAAGCGUAUGGCGCUCUUGAAGGGAGAUGGUGCAGAGCAGGACCGAUUGGCAUCGCAUUUCUCGGUGGACCAGGACUCGAUCAGAAAGGCAGCCGGCUCCAUACAAGACGGUGUCAAGGACGGAAUCAACCGUGUCACCAGAUAG